GGGACGACGUGCGGAAUACACGUGGGGAGUUGCGUGAAGCUGAUUGCCAGGGAGAAGUGAUCGGCCAUGGGAGGUUUGGAAAAAAAGAAGUUUGAGCGUGGCUCUGCCACAAACUACAUCACAAGAAAUAAGGCUCGGAAGAAGUUGCAGCUCGCUCUGCCUGAUUUCAGACGCUUGUGUAUCCUUAAAGGAAUCUAUCCUCAUGAACCCAAACACAAAAAGAAAGUAAACAAGGGUUCUACAGCACCUCGGACAUUCUAUCUGCUAAAGGACAUAAAGUUUCUGCUUCAUGAGCCUGUUGUUGCAAAAUUCAGAGAAUACAAGGUAUUUGUUCGCCGUCUCCGUAAAGCAUUUGGGAAGCAGGAAUGGGACACAGUGGACAGGUUAAGAUCCAACAAACCAACAUACAAGCUAGAUCACAUCAUCAAAGAAAGGUAUCCAACAUUUAUUGAUGCUCUUCGCGACUUGGAUGAUGCUCUCUCCAUGUCUGUACUCUUCUCCACAUUUCCACGCACAGGGAAAUGCCACGUUCAAACCAUUCAACUUUGCCGUCGGCUGUCUAUCGAAUUUUUCAAUUAUGUCAUUGCGUCUCGAUCCCUUAGGAAGGUUUUCCUGUCAAUUAAAGGAAUCUAUUAUCAAGCAGACAUACUGGGACAGACUGUGACCUGGAUUUCCCCUUAUGCCUUUUCUCAUGAUCACCCCACAGAUGUGGAUUAUAGGGUUAUGGCUACCUUCACUGAAUUUUACACCACACUUCUGGGUUUUGUAAACUUUCGUCUUUACCAGACGCUCAACUUGCAGUAUCCACCCAAGUUGGACUCCCACUCAGAGGCCGAAUUGAAAGUAGACGAGGAAGAUAAAUAUGCUCUAGAGUCUGAGGCCUACAUGGAGAAACUGUCCGCGCUAAGUGCCAGUUUGUCCCGUGUGGUUCCAUCUGAGCCGGAGGAUGAUGUUGAGAUUGAUGAGUUUCCUGCAGAUCCAGAGACCGCAGAUCAGGAGGAGGAACGUCAAAAACAGCUGAAAGAUGAGGAGAAGCAUAAAUCUUUGUUUGUGGGCCUGAAAUUCUUCUUGAACCGGGAAGUACCACGGGAGGCCCUUGCAUUUAUUAUACGGAGUUUUGGUGGUGAGGUUUCUUGGGAUGCCACAGUCUGUAUUGGAUCAACGUAUGAUAGCUCAGACAGCUCUAUCACGCACCACAUUGUGGACAGGCCCAGUGUAGAUCCUCAGAUAAUCAACAGGUAUUAUGUGCAACCACAAUGGGUGUUCGACAGUGUCAAUGCUCGCUUGCUUCUCCCAGUGGCAGACUAUUUCCCAGGAGUGCUGCUGCCACCACACCUCUCCCCAUUUGUACAGGAGAAGGAAGGCGACUAUGUUCCCCCUGAGAAACACCGGCUGCUGGCACUGCAAAGAGGAGAGAGAAUUGAUGAUGAAGAGGAGGAGGAUGAUGAAGAGGAGGAGGAGGAGGAGGAAGAAGAAGAGGAAGAAGAAGAGGAAGAGGAGGAGGAAGAUGAGGAGGAGGAAGAAGAUAAGAAGCUGAGAGAGAUGGAGGAUAGGAAGUCUGCUGAGAAGAAAUUGAAUGUUAAGGUGACAGCAGGCAAGGUGAGAGAGGUGAAUCAAGCAAGAGUAGCAGAGCAAGAGAAGAAUGAGGAGAAGCGCCUAGCUAUCAUGAUGAUGAAGAAAAAGGAGAAGUACCUUUACAACAAAAUAAUGUUUGGAAAGAAGCGCAAAGUCAGAGAGGCAAAUAAACUGUCAAUGAAGCGGAAAGCACACGACGAUGCAAAUAAACCCGAAAAAAAGAAAAAGACAAAGAAACAGUGAUCACACCAAACAUGUUAAAGCACAUCACUUUUCAAAGAAUUCUUUUAAACACCCAAACUUUUGUGCCAGUGUGCACCCUUCUUCCCAGGGAGACAUGCCAUGUCUGAGCUGACAUUGUUCCUACUAGACUUCCAUCUACAGCCAAAUGUAGUUCUGCUACAGAUUCUGUGAGUGAGGCUCUAUAUGAUGUUACACUCUGCUACACAUCUAAAACAGUCCUGAAGCAUGAAUGCAAGAAAUUGCACAUGUGCUUAGAAGCUUUCAAACAGGUGACACUGCUCCAUUCUUGAGCAACAAGUACUAUCCCUGUCGAACCCAGCACCUUCCCAGUGUCACUGAGAACUGUGAGCUCUGAGGGCAGAUCCAUAUUAAUGUAGUAUACUUUAUAAGCUCUAUGUACGUUUUACAAAACAAGAAUGAAGCCGGUUAAAUAAAUACUUUAAUGUUAGUGGAUUUGCCAUUCUUAAACUAUUGGUUUCACUGUGCAAAUCUAUGUGAUUGUUUGGGCCCAUAUGCAGGUAAAGGGUCAAAGAUUUGGUUUUUGGGCCAUCUUCGAAUAUGUUUGAUAUUUGUAAAGGAAAAAGUAUUUCUUUUCAGUAAAGGACAUUUCUUUUUUUGAAAUAUAUCUUACAUUUAAAAUGA